GCUGCGGCUCAGACGCCUCCGUUUGGAACUGCUGGAGGAAAAUACUCAGUCGUAUUGGGUGGAAGCUGCGGUGUAGGUCCUUCGCUGGUUACUCGUUGUGUCAGUCAUGUGCAGACUUGCUGGUGACGGUAGACGGUGAAGCAGGGAUGAGUGCUCCACACCUCCAGCCACACCUGGCUGGCCUGCAGACGCUUCUAUGUUUGGUGCUCUGUGGGUCGUGGAGCAACUUGGUCGUUGCUAGACCGAACCCCAUUGUCGUCUUUCCUGGCAAGGCAACUUGGGGUUAUAGCACAGAUGUUAGUGAGCCGAUAUCUUUUGGUGGAGGCUCAGGAAGAUCCUCUCGCUCCUUGGACACCCACACUGGAAACUUUAUCAGUGCAAGAAUAACAUCACGCAAUACAGAGGAUGGACUGUGGGUUGGGAAGGCGUUCCCCGUCGUCAAUUCCCCUACUAGACAGGUCGUCUCGGCAUCAUUCACUGUUAAAGGCGGUGAGAAGGAUUAUCGGAAUGUAGACUUACAUGGUAUAUCACACGUGCAGCGCCCGACUCUACCUCGCCAAUCGCCUUCCUUACGUCCCAAUCUUCCCGACGUUCGACCACCUUUUGUGCCGAUGUUUGCGCCUAAUCACUUCCCACUCGACGUCUCAAGGCGAUUUCCUUACCUACAUUUCAAUUUUAAUGAUGGCUACAGAGUGCAUGACCCUAGAGAACAUUUUUACAAAACUCUUCAUGGUCGUUUUCAAAAUAUGGUCAGGCAGCCAAGAACGCUUGUGAGUGACGAAAUAUUAUCUCAAUUUGGACGUAAUUUGUCAGAUAAAAACUUUGACGAUAUUCGUGAAAAAUUCAGUCGCAUUAUUAUAAAGAACAUUUUACCACAUAGGGCCGAUGGCAAUGUUUCAGACGAAUAUAAUUUGGAUGACGAAAGGAAUACAGAAGCAGCAUUAGUUACCUCAAGCGAGAAAAUCACCUCAGUCCAUGAACGAAGUGUAGACGAAGACAAUAUUUAUAAUAGACAGGUGUACUUUGGCCGUGAUCAAAGCUUCAAUGAAAUAAUUGCAACUAAUAAGUCUACAGCUUUAGACAGCAACGAAACAAAAGCUAUACCAGACGACCAAACCGUUCUGGCGUCAAUCUACGUGAAACCUGUUGAUUCCGGUACUCUGGUAGCUUACUAUGAAGACGUUGACUCCUCGCCUUACCCCCCAUCUAAGGAUCAAGUCAAUGGGUUAGGAUCUAAUUAUAGCUCGUCUGGGAACUCAACAAAGAAACGUUUACCACAGUAUAUUAUCGUGAAGGACCCGGGGUUUACUGCUCCCGUCUCAGUCCUGGGCGUAGAGGAAGGCACAAAAAUUCCUUUUACCGUCGAUAGAAAAGCAAUUGAGGAUAGUUACAGAUAUCCUCCGUCCUCAAACGACGUGUCCAGAACGGUUGAGAGGAAAAAAAUCAAUUUCCAUGAUAUUGCUUUCCCCAUCAGUAGGCGAGGAACGUCUCUCACAAAUAACGUGACCCAUGUUGGUGAAAGUCGAAGAUCGUUGUCUUCAGUUGCUUUGCCUUCCACUGAAGAAGACCAAAAUAUUUCUUCCUCGAGCGACAUGCCCUCAGUUGACCAAAAUAAUAAUUCCUUUGCUGCUUCAUCAACCCUUGAUCAGCCCGGAGACCAUUCCGAAACGACCGAAGUUUCAAUCAAUCAAUCAAUCGAAGUUUCGUCCGAAGAAUCGAACGAGCAAUCUUCGGACGACGACGACUGUUCCUGUGAUGAAGAGGCUUCUGACACAAACGACAAAUUACCCGUUGAUGAAUACAAAAAACAUUCUCAGUCAAGUGAAGUAUCAUUCCAUGACUCGCAUAAGCAUCAUUUUCCUUUCGAUGAGUAUCUUCCUGGCAAAGAGAAACGACCUCUUCCAUCUGGUAUUGCGUCUUCUCUUAGUUCAGAGCAAAAGUAUGUUCCAUCAAACGAUGUUUCAGUCAUCAAGGAAAGUUUCACAUUAAGAAGUCCUACAACCAUUAGCGAAAAUUCCACAAUAAACGACACGUUUUCAGUUGGUGAAAGUUUCAAAUCAAACUUUGCCUCUUUCAUUGGUGAAAAUUUGACAUCAAGUGGCACAUCUUCCGUUGAUGAAAGUUUCAUAUCAUACAGCGCAUCUUCCGUUGGCGAAAGUUCCACAACAAAUGGCAUGUCAUCAGAUGAGAAAAGUUCCACAUUAAACUUCAAGUAUUCCUCACGUCAAACACCAACAACCGCUGCGCCUCACACCAAUGAAAACAGAAAACCCUCAUCAAACAGCAUUUACUCCACUGACGUACUCCCAAACCUCCCAACCAUGAAAGAUAUAACUUUAACUAAAGAACUACUCGUAACCAACACUGUCAAGAACAACGAACACUCACCCCAGAAGCAGGCUACGUACCCCACGGACAAGAACAUUUUUCAACCGGACAUUGAGAUGCUGGAGACCGAAGUAUCUUCCGGACAUCCACUGACGACUCCGCUGGGAGUUAUAACCCUUGUAGGUUGUCUUCUAGUUGCGAUCUUAAUCCUAUUGUAACCCACCACAGUGCUAUUAGAAAAAAGAUAAAGUGUGUAUGUGUGUGUGUUUGUGUAUAGCGUUUAAGGCUAAAGAUGAACUGAAGAUGUUAAACACCAAAACGAUAUUUUUUAGGUGUUUGUGGCAUGCUUUAACUUCGUUAACAGUUACUGACAUAUGUGAUCAUGGAAACGUGAAUGGUCUUGUGCUCGGUAAAUGGGUAAAUAUACCUCCUGAACUCCCUCACAAUGGAACAAAGUACAAGAGUAACGUUGAUUGAACGUUAAAUUCAACGUUAUCAACACUGAUUCAGCGUUAAAUUCAAAGUUGAUUCAGCGUUAAAUUUAAAGUUGAUUCAGUGUUAAAUUCAACAUUAUCAACACUGAUUCAGCGUUAAAUUCAACGUUCUCAACACUGAUUCAGCGUUAAAUUCAAAGUUGAUUCAGCGUUAAUUUCAACAUUAUCAACACUGAUUCAGCGUUAAAUUCAACGUUAUCAACACUGAUUCAGCGUUAAAUUCAACGUUCUCAACUCUGAUUCAGCGUUAAAUUCAACGUUCUCAAGGAGUAGUUAAUUGGAAUAGCGAUUAGAAACAACUAACAUGAAUAGGUACUAGGAACAGCUGUUGAGAACAUCUGAAAUGAACUGUUACUAGGAACAGUAACUAGGAACACGUAACAGAAAUAACACAAGUCCUAAAACAGGAACUUGAAGAUUUCACAAAUUAUAUUCCCCCUUUUAUUCUCUCCUACUGUUUCUCUGUUUCCCGUUUAGUAGACAGUUUUCCACUUAAUUUUCUCAACUAUUUACUCCAUCCUGGCUAUUUGUUCUUACUAGAAGCUCGAACGAUCAUAGGAGUCAUACUAGCAGCUUAAUCGAUUAUACAGUCUCAGAUCGACUUGAGAAUGGUCCAGGACGGACCGAAACGUCGUCGUCCUUUCACAUUCUAGUGUGUGGUCUGGUCAUCAGUCUCAGAUCUAUACAGAUCAGUCAGUCAUAGGAGUUAUACAAGGAACUCGGUCGAUUGCACAAGCAAUACAAGAAACUCCAGAUAAAUAGAGGUAACAGAGAAAUAUGUAUACAGCACUGAACCUGGUUUGGCAGUUACUCCAACGACUGUAAUCACUCGAGAAUGUUAUCAUGAACAGUAUUUAAGGUGUAACUAACUCCACAAUACCGUAGAGUUCUAACACGAUACAGUAUACAAAUCCACAGGAGCCGUGAUGAGAGUUCGAACCUAUGCGCUGGGUGCCUGGUAACACCCAGCCCAUAGGUUCGAAUCGGCAUCACGGCUCCUGUGGAUUUGUUCAUUGAUAUAUCACGUUAAUGGGAUUUUUCUGUGUACGAUACAGAAUAUUAAAUCCUGGAACAGUUCAAUGAUACAGGAUGUUCUCUAAUGUUCAAUUGGGAUGGUUAAGGUAAGUAUGGGGACAUCUCUCUCUCUAUCAUUAAAUAGGUACCUGGAAGUUAGACAGCUGCUACGGGCUGCUUCCUAGGGGUGUGUAACAAAAAAGGAGGCCUGGUCGAGGACUGGGCCGCGGGGACGCUAAACCCCGAAGACAUCUCAAGAUAACCAAGGAAGGUGUGGUUGUUGGAGGUGUGUGAGGGGGAGGGGGAGGGGGAGAGAGUAAUAACCCUUCAUAUUAAAUACAACGCUGCUUUUCUGAAUCUCUUGUUGUAUUGAAAUUAAGACGCUGUCAUAAAGACUAAUUGUCUGUAUUAUCUAUAUAAUGUUAAAGGUGCUUUCCACCUUUGCUAAAAAGAAAUUUGCAUGUUCAUUAUAAUGCUCCUGUCUAACCAUACUUGGACUAUGGGUACAUCGGUGGCCUUGCAUAUUUCAUGGUCGGGGCUAGAUGCACCGCUGGUCCAAGGGAUUGGGUAGCGUUCCCUAACCCCAAACCUCACAUCCCAGCUCCUUGGCUGCCUAUCCUUUUUCACGUCUAUAUAACCUUGCUGGCUUUGUGUCUUCUCGUGACUAUUUAGUUCUCUGUUGGUCACUUGUCAAGGAGAAAACAAUACUUAAGAAAUGUGUUUAUUGUAUUAAUCUGUAUUUUUUUAUCUUUGUUAUUUCCUGUGUAUGAAAGAACAUGUUUUACUUGUUUAAUUUUGAUGUGUUAUGUGCUUCUAAAUACUGUUUAUUCUUGUUGUUUUGUUUCCUUCAGAGAGAGAUCACGUGCCACCUUAUUUUCUUAUUUGUUUGUAUAAAUAAAGACAAAUGUUGAUUGUAGUUAACAUUGUAAGUUCUCCAUACGUCUCCCACUGUGACGCCAACCCGUCCUCCUAAUAGAACGUCGCAGUUUGACGUAUAGUCUACCUAAGUCACAGAUUGUCGUACUAUAAAAUGAUAGCAGCUCGUGAAAUUGACAUACUGUCCCGUUUUCUGUUUUGGGUCCUCUGGUAGGAUAGGAUAAGGGCACGUUAGUACGACAGUUUCUUGACGUUGGGGGAACAUUAGGAGGACGGGCUGGUGGUGACUCAGGCGGCCUCAAAUGGCUCUUAAACAUGAUCGUCUACUAUGUAUACUUGUGUAAAGGAGGAAAUGUAUAUGUUUAUCUCUCAGAAUGUUUGGUAAUAUGUUUAUUGUUUGUGAUGUGUGUAUAUGUAUGUAUUAACACGAUGUACUGAACGGGGUGAGAAUAGCUUGAGCUACCUUAUCCCUUUGUGUGUAUUUUAUCUCAAUAAACUUAUUUCAAUUUCAAUUUCUACUAUGUAAAUUCACCAAUACCUUAAUAUGUACAACGAGUGCUUAAAAUACAGUUCCACAUAUGUAUUA